UAAUGUUGGACUGAUGUUACCAGAUAUCUUUUCAUCAAUAAAUAUACACUUUCAUCAAUAAAAGUGCUUUGAAAUGCGCUGCACUUUUUAGUUCGAUAGCACCGUUCCCAUAUAUGUACUUCAGUGGAGAAACUAUAAGUGACCAAGUAAGACCUCUCCGUCAAUGCACCGACAUAAGGCAAAGUUUUCGGUGCCAAAAAGGACUUCAUCAUGCCCUCUACCUGCACCUUUGAGUUUGAUCGCCCGGAACCAAUUUAUUAUAGUGGAGAGACGAUCAAUGGACGAGCCGUUCUGACAACUACAUCCGAAAAGUCGGUAAAUGAGGUUUAUAUUCUUUUCGAGGGCGAGGCCAAAGUUAAGUGGGAUGAGAGCAGGUCGAGAACCAGAAAUGGGAAGACGGAGCACUACACGGAGCAUUUCCGGGGCAAGCAGACUUACCUUAACACUCGGACCUGUGUGUUCGGAUCCGGAAAUCUCCCUCCUGGAACGCACACCUACAACUUCUGUAUUCCCCUGCCUCUGGAGUGCCCUUCUUCAGUGGUGGGUCAGUAUGGAAAGAUCUGCUACGAGGUCUCCGUGAUCAUCGAUCGGCAAUGGCGCUUCAACAACGUCUUCAAACAGCCACUGACGGUACUGCAGACCUACAACCUUAACAUGAGUCCUGAAUUGCUGAUGCCGCUGGUGCGCGAGGACAUCAAGCACUUCUGCUGUUGGCCCUGCAGCUCGGGUCCGGUUCUUUCGACCCUGACAGUACCCUUCGGGGGUUACGCACCAGGUCAGAAGAUUCGCUUCACCCUGGAAAUCGACAAUCAGUCAAGUGGCUAUGAUCUGGACGGCAUCGAAGUAAAGCUUAAGCAGAUCUACAAGUUCCAAGCCCAAACUCCGCAUCAUAAGACCCGUGAAAAGGAACACAGUCUGCAUAAAAGUUGCCAGGAGGAGCGGGUGCUGCGGCUCACAAAGAGGAUAAUUGAAGGCACGCUGGCUAUUCCAGCGGUACCGCCCUCCUCCCGCAUGGAAGGUAUCAUAUCGGUUAGCUAUAAAGUGAUCCUGACAAUCAGCACGGGCGAGUGCCACGUGGACUCGGACUUCGAGGUGCCGAUUGUCAUUGGCACUAUUCCAUUGAUCCAGAGCGCAGAAAAUCCCUCGCAUGCAGCAGAGUGGAUACCCCAGACACCCGAUACUCCGGCCGGAGCUGCCGCAGAUCUGCCUCCCAGCUAUGACGGAUGCAAACCACCAACUUUCGAGGAGGCCACCCAUUUUGGAGAUAAGUUCAUCGACACCGAUGUGGACGAGCACAAUCGCUCGGACGACUUUAUUCCGCGCUACCCGAUGUACACCAACUUUGCCAUGCCUUCGGCCCCACCACCACCCACUGGGGAAUCGGAUUGCCCUUACCCACAAUCCGUUCCCACUUUGUCACUACCUCAUGACGCCACUGCCCCUUUAAUCGCGGGCAACCCCACUGAUCGCCCAACACCAUCGUACGGCUGGAACUCUAACUCAUAGAAACCAAAAACAAGAACCUCACACGUAAUCUCAUGACGGUGUGUGUGUCCCGAACAAUAAUGGAUAUUACUUUUUUACACACCUGAGCCAUUCUCGUGUCUAGAGCUUAAGUUUGUUAUACUCGUAUUUAUGUUGCAAUGCCAUACCUCAGGAACAUCAAAUUUAUUUUAGUAACUGCAAGCACACAUAACAUUUGAAGAAUAACAUUUUGAAAAAAUGUUAUGUAUUUGUCUUAUUUUAACGGUAGUCUACGGCCAGAUCUUAUUAUCAAUCGAAUCAUUCUUAUAAAGGAUGUUUUACUUUUGGAUUACGUCUUUCCUCAAAUAAAAGUUUAAGACAGUGGCCUUAUUAGCUUACACAAUUUGUAAAUUGAACGCUUAAUUCCACUUUGUAAACAUUUUUUAAUGUUUUAGCAUUUGAUAAUAAAAAUUUAAACAUUAAGUCUGAAA